UUCACCGCUCCUUUUUUCCUUUCUUCUUUAACCCCUUUUCGGAAAGAGGGGAAAAAAAAAUACAGAAAAGGUGAUUUGAUCAGUGAAAAAAAGAAACCCAGAAAUUCAAACCAACCCUGAACACGAAUAAGCUUAUGAGCCAGGAUUUUUUCUUUUACCAUAGCUGUUAAGCCUUCACUACCGUCCAAAAAUAGAAGGGAAAAGGCUUUUUUUUACCUUGUUUUCCUCGGAAUAUUUCCGGUUUACCAAGUCAAGUCAAGUCAUGUUGGAUAGUUCAGUUUUCUCGGAAAAUUCUGGUGUUGAUGGUGCUGAUGGUAGUGGUACAAGUGGUGGAGCAGCCGCUCAUGGGGUGGCUGUGGAACCUAGAAAUGAGGGUGGCAGUGCCGAGGGUGGUGAAUAUUUUGACCGGAAUUCACCUGGUAAUCGGUGGCCUCGUGAGGAAACUUUGGCUUUGUUAAAGAUAAGAGCCGAUAUGGACCGUGCAUUUCGUGAUUCCAUUCUUAAAGCUCCUCUUUGGGAUGAAGUUUCUAGGAAAUUAGGUGAGCUUGGAUACAAUCGAAGUGCCAAGAAAUGCAAAGAGAAAUUCGAGAAUAUUUACAAGUACCACAAGAGAACGAAAGAAGGCAGAUCCAGUCGGCAAAAUGGGAAAAACUAUAGAUUCUUCGAGUUAUUAGAGGUGUUUGAUAAUCAACUCUCUGUUCCAUUGACCCCCUCGAACCAAGUCCAAACAUACCUGAUGAAAACUACAGCAGCGUCACCAUUGAGGGUAAAUCCCAUAAAUGCAUCUCAAGAUUUUAGGGUACCUUGUUCGAAUCAAGAUCCUGAUACUGAAUUCAUUUCCACCUCUACAUCCUCCUCGGAGGAGAGAUCUGAAGGAAGCGUUAAGAGAAAGAGGAAGUUGGCAGAAUAUUUUGAGAGAUUAAUGAAGGGUGUUUUAAAGAAGCAAGAGGACUUACAGAACAAGUUCUUAGAAUCCAUAGAGAAACAUGAGGAGGACAGGAAAGCAAGAGAAGAAGCAUGGAAGGUGCAAGAAAUGGCUAGAAUAAAGAGAGAACAAGAUUUUUUAGCCCAAGAACGAGCAGUUUCCGCGGCUAAGGAUGCAGCCGUGCUUGCAUUUUUGCAAAAGAUCUCGCAGUACUCAACAACUCUGCAAAUGCCAGAAAUCCCAUUUCCGAUAUUUGAAAAACAUUUGGACACACGUGACAAUCUGUUGGAGAAGUGCAUUGACAAACGACAAAAUGGUGUUGGGGAGACUUCAAAUCAUACUGAUAAACAAGAGAAUGGUGUUGGUGAGAAUACUACUCUAAUGUGCUCUUCACGGUGGCCAAAAGCAGAAGUUGAAGCUUUGAUUAUGCUUAGAACUGAUCUUGAUUUGAAAUAUAACGAUAAUGGGCUGAAAGGGCCCUUGUGGGAGGAAAUUUCGUCUGCGAUGAAGAAGCUUGGUUAUGAUAGAAGUGCAAAGAGGUGUAAAGAGAAAUGGGAGAAUAUAAACAAGUAUUACAAGAGAGUGAAAGAUAGCAACAAGAGGCGGCCUCAGGAUUCGAAAACUUGUCCUUACUUCAACAUGCUUGAGUCAAUCUAUGCAAAGAAGUCUAAAACCGAACACACUUUGGAAAAUUCGAGUUACAAUAUGCAGCCUGAACGCAUUUUAUUUGAAAUGACGGGCAAACAACAACAUCAGCCUCCUCCACCGCUGCCAUCACAGCAACAACAUCAGUCAGAGACAGAAGACGGUGAGAAUGAAAAUCAAAAUCAAGAAGACAAUGCCGAGGAUGAAGAGGACGAUGACAAUGGAGAUGGUUAUCAAAUUGUUGCUAAUGUUCCCUUUUCUUUAUCAACUAUGGGGUAAGAUGAUGAGAAGCAGACAUUUACAUAAGAUCAAAUAUAGUUACUUCAACCCCCCUUGGCAAUAUACUAGAGGAGAGGAGAAGCGAGUCAGACUCCGUUCUUUAGCAUGUUUGGUAAGGUGGAUUACACAAGUUGGACAAUGUUAUAAAGAGAACAAACGAAGCUAAAAUCCUAUUCGUUGCACUGUCCAAUUUCGAUUCUGCAUACCAAACAUGUGCUAUAUAUACCAUACAUGAGUGCAUAUAAUGGAGCAGUGUCUUUCUAGAGUAAAUUUAGUCAUUUGUUUUUUGAGAAAAUAGUGACAGAGAUUAGUGUUUGGUCUUAUGAUGUAACAUAGUACCCUUUCUUCCCAUUUAUACUGCACAAUACAGUGAUACACACACUCUGCACAAGUUAAGUAGUUUGGUUGUUGAGUUUGCUUGUCUUAAAUAAAGACCAGUCAUUUAUAAGAACAAUUAUAUUCCAAUAAAUGAUGUGAUGGCUGAUUUAAUGCCAUGUGACCAGAGGAUUUGAGCGAA